AUAAAGGCUCCUGCUCGACCAAGUCACUACGAUUUCGAAACUUUUUGACUUUGGCGAUCGAUAAUGGAGUGGGAGAGUGAUGAUAAAGAACUAAAGGCGGCCGGAGCUGAACCUCUUCCGGGCGGCCGUCGUGGACUCCGCAUUCACGGUUGGGAGAUCGAGUGUCGCAAGCUUUUCAUUCUCAAUUCUCUUCAUCUUCAACGAUGGGAAAAAGAACUUCAGACAACUCACUUGCCGGAGAUGGUAUUUGGAGACAAUUGUUUGGUGCUUAAGCAUGUAAAUAGUGGCACAAAAUUCUUUUUCAACGCAUUUGAUGCUUUAGUAGGUUGGAAACAUGAGGCCUUGCCGCCUGUUGAAGUUCCAGCAGCUGCAAAAUGGAAAUUCAGGAGUAAACCUUUGCAACAGGUGGUGCUCGACUAUGACUAUACCUUCACAACACCUUACUGUGGAAGUGAAACUGUCGAAAGCAAUGUCGAGUGUGGAAGUGCAAUACCUGAAGAAGGCAGCAGCUGCAUUCAGUGGGAGGAUUGUAAGGAGAAAAUUGAUUUGGUUGCAUUGGCGUCUAAAGAACCUAUUCUCUUCUAUGAUGAGAUAAUCUUAUACGAAGAUGAACUGGCAGAUAAUGGGAUCUCACUUUUGACUGUUAAAGUGAGAGUCAUGCCUAGUGGUUGGUUCCUAUUGCUGCGUUUCUGGCUUAGGGUUGAUGGAGUGCUUAUGAGACUAAGAGACACUCGUUUGCAUUGUUUAUUUGGGGAGCAUAACAAAUCCUCUAUUCUUCGUGAAAGCUGCUGGAGAGAAACCACAUUUCAGGCCUUGUCUUCGAAAGGAUAUCCCUCUGAUGCUGCUGCAUAUAGUGAUCCAAGCAUCAUUGCUGACAGGCUUCCCAUUGUAAUGCAGAAGACUCAAAAACUCAAUGUUGGAGUGUCCUGUAAGCAAUAAAAGGAUAUCCCUCUGAUGCUGCUGCAUAUAGUGAUCCAAGCAUUGUCGCUGACAGGCUUCCCAUUGUAAUGUAGAAGACUCAAAAACUUAAUAUUGGAGUGUCCUGUAAGCAGUAGUAUGAUCCUAGAUUGUUGUCUAAGAUCUUUUCAUUUACCCGCUUUUAUGGAACUUAAUUUACAUUUUGUUAUUUAUCCUCAAGCAAGUUAUGAAUAGCACAACCUGGAGUGCUUCUGCUUUGUCCUUCA